AUGGCUUCCAAAGUCAGAAAAGCUCAGAGUCAGAAGGAUGAAGGACACGAGAAGCAGGAGGUUGAGAAAGAAAUGAAGAAGAAGGUGAAGGCAGAGACUCUGAAGGCAAAUGAGAUCGAGGGGAAUGAGUCUGAGACUCAGAGUCAAGAUGUAAAAGCUGAAGUCCGGAUGGUCGAGGAUCAGAAUGAAGGGAAUGAAAACCUGCAGACACCAAACAAAGAUCUGAAGACCAACAAUGCUGAGCUGCAGCUGUCAAAGUCAGAUGAUUUAAAGAAGACCAAACCUGAACCAGAGAAGCAGAGUGUGGAGAUCAGUACACCAAAGGAGGAGUUGGAGAAAAAUGAAGUAAUGACACCUGACAUGCUUAAGAAAAAGCAGAAGACUUCUUCACUGAAGCUCGACCUUGCUGUCACCAGGAGGAAUAAACUGGAAGACACAGUUGAUCAGUUUUUCAGUGGUAAAAAUCAGUCAAUGGAAAACGAGCUGGAUAACCUGAAGAGGACGCUGCACGCCAGAGAAAAAGAGCUGGAGAGAUUUAAAUGGCUGAGAAAUUACCUCAUUUAUGAAAUCCCUGAGUCUUUUUCACAACUGAAGUUUAAGCUCGCCAUCAGCAGGGUGCAGAAGGUAAACACACACAAACAUACACUCUUCUGUAACACAUGCACACAUAAUGUCAGGGCUGUUUGAUUCACAUGACUCUUAUAUAAUA